ACAUCCGUUGUGGUUGCUUCCGGGAAUUGAGGAGCGCGGGCCCGAGUACCUGUGGUGUAGUCAUGUCGGCGUCGGUAGUGUCGGUAAUUUCGCGUUUCUUGGAAGAGUACUUGAGCUCCACGCCGCAGCGCCUGAAGUUGCUGGACGCCUAUCUCCUGUACAUACUUCUGACCGGGGCGCUGCAGUUCGGUUAUUGUCUCCUCGUGGGGACCUUCCCCUUCAACUCUUUCCUGUCGGGCUUCAUCUCUUGUGUGGGGAGCUUCAUCCUGGCGGUUUGCCUGAGAAUACAGAUCAACCCACAGAACAAAGCGGAUUUCCAAGGCAUCUCCCCAGAGCGAGCCUUUGCUGAUUUUCUCUUUGCCAGCACCAUCCUGCACCUUGUGGUCAUGAACUUUGUUGGCUGAAUCAUUCUCAUUCAAUUACCUGAGGAGUAGGAGACGGGAAUUAUGUUCACUUUUGGACUUCCCUGGAUAAGAGUUAUUGAAAAAGGCAGCCUGUUGAACAUGUGGAUUUUCAGAAGAUUGGUGUUUACUCUCAACUCUGAUUUGGUAUGCAGAUGGAAAACCCCGAGAAGUUCCCUAGUUCUCUGUCCAAGCAACUUUGUAAUAAACAGUUAUUAAUAUGACCUCUGCCUUCCAUUAAGUGUAACCUUUUGCCUUCCAAAUUAAAAAGCUCCAUGCCACUCCUC